AUGGCGCUGCCCCGUAAAGCGGCUGGCGUUCGCCCUAACAUCAACCUCAACCUAUUGGAUCCAGGGCGUGCUUCAACCUUUUCUGACCAGAGUCAGGUCAGGAAGUCAGGAACUCGCCCGGCAUGGCUGCUAACUAAAUCAGAGGACCCUGGAUCAGUCACGGAGCCGCUGUCUCAUAUUCCCACAUCAUUUCUUCUUGGUCUAGCUAACGAGCAUUCUAGCGCUGCUACUGACUCCAUUUCCUGGCAAGAUGCUCCAGCCCUUGUCGUUGAACCACCUGAUGGGGGAUGCGAGAUGGCGCAUGAGUCUUGGACACUGGCUGAACUCGUCAUUGAGCUGGAACUAACCAACCACGGUAUUUCAGGCCUGAUGAUCGACACAACUACCCGAGAAAAGCGAUUCCAGGGUCCUGCGGGUUUGAUCUUAUCGACGCCAUGGUCAGUGCUAAACCCCAGCUUAUGA